AUGAUUGGUGGAGAACGAACAACCGACGGCGUGUCUGAGUGCUACUCGAACCUCCAAGUCCGAUGUCCAGGUUCCGAACGCUGCGUGUCACCUUACUGGAUCUGUGACGGUUCACCUGAUUGCCCAGACGGCGCUGACGAAGUGGGCUGCGACCGGUCCCCGUGCGACGGCUUCCGCUGCUGGGACGAAGUGUGCAUCCCGGGGCCGUGGCACUGCGACGGCCACGAGGACUGUAGAGACGGCGAGGACGAGUACGGCUGCCCCGUCUGCAGCCAGGAAGCUCUCAAGUGCCCCUCUGGCGGCGGCUGCGUGUCUGUGGAUCUCACCUGCGACGGCGUGGAGGACUGUCCUGAUGGGUGGGACGAGUCUGGCGAAGUGUGCAAGAAGGACCAGUGUGGCCCAGACGAGGUGCCCUGCUGGAUGGGACAGUGCGUGGAACAUCGCCAGCUGUGUGACGGCGUUGCAGACUGUCCCACUUCAGAGGACGAAGACUCGAGCUUCUGCCUCGCCUUCAGGUCUAUGAGGGUCGCGGCGCCUCCUCCUCCAACCAGCGCUCAGCCUUCUCCGACGCCGUGUACUCCGGCGGAAGUGCGGGAGGUCAACUGCACUCAGGAGGAGUUUCGUUGUGCGAGCGGAGAGUGUGUCCUGCGCACGACCCUCUGCGACGGGAAGCGAGACUGCUGGACGGCGGACGACGAGGAGUUCCCCAUUUGCAAUUUCAUCUUCAACGUGGACGUCGCGAAGGAAAGGGUUGAGGCCAAAGGGGACGGAAGGAAGUGCGACGAAGCGACGAUGACCCUCUGUCCCUCGGGGAGAUGCGUCCCUCUCGGCGAGGCGUGCGACAAAGAAAACGAUUGCGAGGAAAACGAUCCCGAUCGAGGGGUGACUUGUGUAAAUUCGCACGAGGCGGUUACUACGGUCGCCUCUGGCACGCACGAGAAGACUGUUACUGACGAUAUUGAUAACGAAAUCGAAAAUGAUUUGACGAUCGACGUACCGCCUACGACAGGCAUUAUCUCACAAGAUAGUAGAGACCACCUUUAUAAACCGAACGAUGUAGAGGAUGUUGACAAAGCAGCUGGAGUGAAAAACAUCACAUCCCCAACAGCAAACAAUGAAAUCUCUGGAGCUGCUGAGAAUGAGAUAGCCGGAGGUGGAAAUGCCCUCGAGGGAGAAGCCAAGGAGAACGACCUCAACCUGGCGAGCCUCGAGGACGAUGACGCCUUCGAUGGGGUUGAGGUCAGCGUCGACGUCCUGGUGGAGGGCUCGACGCUUCCCGAAGGAAUGGACGCGAGCUUCGACGUCACGACGACCGGCGACUUCGAUGACGACGCUGAUAUGGAAGCCUCCGGUGAUGACGAGUUCACAGACGACGUCAUCGUCACCGUGUCGCCUCCUUCCGUCACUCCAACUGUCUUGGAAGUGACGACGACGCAGAAGACAGCGUUGACGGAACACGAAAGGAGAAUCAACGAGCUCGCAUACAACGACACAGACAUAAAUAGCAUAUUGGAUUACAGUGAAGAAGACGAGGAGAAUCAUAAGUCCACGUCGUACUCGUCUUCCAUGGAAUCGGACGAGAGUUCUGAGACCGAGAAGACCACUUUCGAAAUUGGUGGAAUCGGAUCCAACAUGUCGAUAGAGAAUUCCUCCUUUAUAUCCUCCAAGUCGUCGUUAUCCUCGUUGGAAAGUGGAGAAUCUGAAUUCGACGGAGAACUGCUGAAUCAGACAACUAAAAGUGUCUCGAUGCUCGAUGCAGCCUCUGCCACCACUACGGCCUCAGCUGAAGCCAGAGCCGCUGAGUCGAACAUCACCGUAAUCGAAUACGACAUUUCCUCUGAGGACAAAAUAUCCACCAGUAAUAACUCUCUUAACUCGAACCAAGAAACGCUCGACGACGCUUCAACGAACGACAAAACAACCACGGAAGCUAGCGAGACUACCGCCACUUUGCAGGAAACCGCAGAAACCACAGCAGGAAGCCUUCCAUCUCCAAACACGACGUCGGAUGAGGAAGACUUGGGUUCCGGCGAAGCGGAAUCUUACGGAGAAUUCGACUCUGUCAACAAGACAAGUACUUCUCCGCCUGAUACUUCGGAGACGAGGCAUCCAGAGUCGACACCUGCUUCACAUACUGCUGCUUCUACUGAACAGGAUGAAUCGACGUCGAAAAUCACAUCUUCCUCAGAUGCCGAAACACAUACUUUGAGCUCUACCGUUGAGUUUUCUACUCUCAGUCCAACCGUCGAACUUCCUACACUCGGUUCGACAGCCCAGUCCUCGCCGUCAAGCUCGACUCCCGAGGCUACGACGACGACGACUUCAACCGUCACGACCUUUGCUACGGAUAUGACGAGCUGGAAGGACCAACAGACAGACCAGCAGAACCUGACGGUGCUGAUCGCCAUUCACUCGGAGAUGAACCGGAGUCGCAUUCCCCAGUACGUGAUUCACGGACUCGACGGGAACACCUACGAGUACGAGGUCGUGACGGUGGUCAAGGACGAAGAGCUGGCCAGGAAGGUCCAGCUCACGGCGACUCGGAGGCCACCCGAGGGGAAGGACAUCCACGCGUCCUCGAAGGAACCGGGGAUGCUGGAGGACGACUCGGACGGCGAGGACCCCGACGCGGACACGAAGGUCACCAACGGCACGCACGAGAUCUCUUACCUCCAACACAACGACAUCUCCUCCGCCUCCAGCGUCUCCUCGUCCCUCGCCUCCCUCGCCACCGUGGUCCUCCUCCUCCGGACCCUGUUGCCCGCUGGCUAAGGCGCCCUCCACCGCCCCUCGGGAAAUCCAAAGGCAAGGAGCGUCACAGCCAAAGGUCCUUUGAUACUAACAAGCUCGUAAAUGGUUGGCAUUUGGUCCGCUGGAACGACCCUCCGCCGGGACAAACGAGAUCUUUAAAGCACCCUCUAAGACUUCAACGCGCGAAAGACGUACCGUAAACCACACAGUGUGAGGGCGAUGUGCACAAGGGGCCAACUAUGUCCGUAGCUCUUUAGAAAACGUCAAGGGAUACCAGAGAUAUGCAUGGAAUAGUUUCGAACAAGGCUGUCUGAAGGACUUUUUUUACGUUGGGACAGCCAUGCACUGCAUUCAAUGUUCACAAUCUACUGUUUUUUGUACCUCAGUGUCCAUCUGUAGUGUCGAAUAAAAACAUGAUGGCGUAAUAUUAAGAAACUAUGUAUGAUUAAUGAAGUAGGGUAAAGUUUGUAAUUAGCCAAUAAUCAAUAGAAGCAAGAGCUCUCAUUUUUCUUCAAUUUCGCGUUGAAUUUAUGAUAGUAAUACCAAGAUUUAUAUGUUUCGAGACUCGCAAAUAUUUUCCAAACCGCAUGUUUGAUCAUACAAGCUUGUUCAUGAUUCCCUAAAGAUUUAUUCAACGAGAAUAAUUUAUAAGGAUAUAUAGUAAAAAAAAAAUAACGCAAUCUCUGUAGUACUAUUUUGCAUUUUUGAGAAAGAACAAAAAAAUAAUGAUUCGACCUUGAUAUGAACAGCCAAUCAGCACUUAUGAUAACAUUCAGUAACCUUGUCAAUUGUGCCUCAAAUACAUCACUCCAAUAUCUCAAAAUCCAUUCAUCGUUUUCACUCCAUGGAAUUUUCUAUUCAUUUUUUUCCCUUCUGUAUUGUGGUCUCUAGUUUCUUUGCUUUUUGCCUCUUACAUCUUUAUUACUUUCUUUCUAACAUGACCUUUUUAUUCGUUCCUUUUUCCUCGAUUCAUCCAAUACAUCUCCGUCCUGACACUGAACUAUUUCCUCUUUUCUCGAAUUACAUUGAACAUUGCUCACAUUCCUGUUUCGUUUUUCAUAUAAUAAGAAUUAGUAUAUAAAUAGUAAUUCGAACAUUUACCUAUCUCCGCAUUUCCAUCUUAGAAUAGAGUUUAAUAAAGGCUUAAAGUCUAAAGGAAUCCAUGAAAUUUCAGAAUGUUUGAGUUACCCCUCAAAAAAGAAAGAAAGAAAACGAAAAGAAAACGUAAAUAAAAUUAAUCAAUAGUUUUUUUAAAUAAAAGUUUCACAGCUUCAUGUAUUCCUUUACGUAACAUUAGAUCAUAGAUAAGGAAAUUACGUGUAUUUAUACAUGUCUAAGGUCAUAAUCAAAUCAAAAUGUAAUGCAUGGGGAAUUCUUUAUCAUUAUUUAUAAUGGCUAUCAUAGAUGUACUAUAUAUUUUUAUAGUGUAAUUUAU